AAUCAAUCUUUUUCAUUUCAAUUCUGGCUCUUCUAAUUUCCAUUUUUAUCCAAUUUUUCUUACCCACAAUAAUAAUUCCAAUUAAAACUCAUAUUUUCAACAUUCCCAAUUAAUUUUCAGGUCCCAACAGAAAUUUAAUGAACUACACUACACUACACUUUCGCAUGGAAUUAAAGUGAUUUAAUGGCCAAAAUUUCACAAAGGGAGAAACUAUUAUUAGGAUACGGAUCCAAUUCUGAAUUUGAUUUCAGUGAUGUAUUUGGUGGCCCACCAAGAUGUUCUUCUCAAGAAUCAUACCAAAAUGAAAUUGAUUCCAUGGAUUCGAUUAAUCAUGUUGAUCAUUCCGGGUUUCGGAAGUCAUGGAUUGGGUUAGGGGAGAAACCCGUUUUUGGGGACCAAAUUGGGGUCCAAAAUAAUCACCCUAGUCAGGAUUUUUUUGAUGAUAUAUUUGGAGGUGAUCAAGCAUUAUUGAGUUGUUCGUUGUCUCCCAGUAUUCAUAUGCCGGGUAGAAACCCGUUUUCUUCGCCUCCGGGUUCUCGGCCCAUCAGUCCUUCACCUCCUGCGGGUCACCAAUCUGCUAGCCCUUCUAAAUUCAGUAUAUUGUAUAGAUAUGGCAGCCUACCAGGAAAAAUAUCAAGCAUAGAGAAAACUACUUCCAAAUUCUCAACGCGUUUUCUUUCAAAAUUAAGCCAAGCAUUCCAAACCCAUUCAGCAUCCUCAGUUGAAGCUACUUCAUCUUAUGGUCCAAGUUCUUUGUCACGAGAAAUCUCCCUGGAGUCAACAACAAUCGAUAGCAAAUUCAAUGGAACAGACCACAAACCAGAUUCUACGACAAUGGAAUCAAAUGAAAACGUACAGUUUCACUUUUCAAUAUAUAAAUGGCCAAACAAAGGAAUUCCAGUUACAAUUACAUCAUCAUCAUCAUCAAAUAAAAGAAGCCCUUCAGGAUCAAAACACGAGAAUGAAAGAUAUGUGGAAAGCAGUAAAAUUGAUGUGAUUGUUAAUGAUGCUUCUUUUUCCGGUAGUAAAAGACGAAUGCGAUCUACUAUACAAGUAAGGGAGUGCAAAUCUGAGGAUAAAGCUGUUGCUGAUGGGUUAGAGAGUAGAAAAGAAGAGCUUAAUCAUCCAUUGACUUCUUCAAAGAUAACAAAAUCUAGUAUGAUGUCUUUAAGCUCCUUGUUUAGGGAACACAAACAAGAAGACAAAACAUUAUGUGCUGAAAAGGAAGAGAAGAAAAGCAUGGAGAAUGAAACAAAAAUUAGGGGUUUGUCAAGUUACAAAAAAGUGCGUGACAAUGUACGUGAAAUUGAGGUUGAUAAAAGCCAUGGUACAUCAAAAGUGAAGGAUUUUGUCAAAAAUUUGAAUGAAGAAACAUGUUCAAAAGUUAAAGAUGAUGUUGAUGAUGAAAUGAUGCAAACUUCUACUGUUAGCUUGGCCGAAGCUUUAGGCGACUCCAUACAAAUGGUUGAUGCCGAGUCUUUUCUAUCAAGGGAACACCUAGACUUCAUCAUUAAUGAUGCUACACUUUCUGAACCAAAUCCAGAGGUUGAUCUUGAUAGUGUUACAGAAUUAGAGCCGGAAAUCAAUGUAACUUUAGUUGAUGAUGACACCCAACAGCCGCAACAGGGUGAGGGAAGGGUAGAAGAGGCGGACAAUCAAUCAACAAGUGAAGAAACUAAGUGUUAUGAACGUAAAGUAAAGCAGUGGUCUAAAGGAAAGGAGGGAAAUAUACGUGCCUUGCUUUCAACUAUGCAAUAUAUACUUUGGGCAGAUAGCGGAUGGAAGCCGAUACCACUUGCGGAAAUAAUAGAAGCAAAUGCAGUGAAAAAAGCAUACCAAAGAGCAUUAUUAUGUUUGCACCCUGAUAAACUCCAACAAAAAGGUGCUACUCCAUAUCAAAAGGUCAUUGCUCAAAAGCUUUUUGAUAUUCUGCAGGAGGCUUGGGAGCAGUUUAAUGCCAUUGGACUUCUAUAAGAGGUGAAAAUGAGCGUAUAUAUUUAUUAUAUUUUGGUUCAUGAAAAGUGAAAGUUCUCAUAUAAUAAUUUUGUUGAUCAUGAAUGUAUUGCGUAAAUACUUUUUGAAAUUCUUGCAAUGUGUAGAUGGUAUAAUUUUUUUUCUAAAAAUAAAUAUUUAUGAAUUACAGACUUAAAGUUUA